AUGGAGCCCCGGCCUCCUCUGUCUUUCCAUCCGCCUCCUCGCUCCGCUGUUCCCCCGACCAUUCUGGAGCCUGCCAAGUCCGCGCCCGCCCCGAAGAAGGGCUCCAAGAAGGCGGUGACCAAGGCGCAGAAGAAGGACGGCAAGAAGCGCAAGCGCAGCCGCAAGGAGAGCUACUCGGUGUACGUGUACAAGGUGCUGAAGCAGGUGCACCCGGACACGGGCAUCUCGUCCAAGGCCAUGGGCAUCAUGAACUCGUUCGUCAACGACAUCUUCGAACGCAUCGCGGGGGAGGCGUCGCGCCUGGCGCAUUACAACAAGCGCUCGACCAUCACGUCCCGGGAGAUCCAGACGGCCGUGCGCCUGCUGCUGCCCGGGGAGCUGGCCAAGCACGCCGUGUCCGAGGGCACCAAGGCCGUCACCAAGUACACCAGCUCCAAGUAGCCUCGCACGGCAGCGUCUUGGCUCCCGACCCCAAAGACUCUUUUCAGAGCCACCCUGGUUUUCUAGUGUGAACUGCCACUCAUCUUAAAGAAGUGGUAGGUAAAGUCAGUUUUUAAUCUGAAAAAUUUCUAAAUAUUCACUUAGUUCUUGCAAAAAAUUCCCACUUGGUAUUUAAGAUAGGAUUAUCUUUUAACAUUACAAAUAUCGAGCAGCCCAAACAAACUUUUCAUUGUGCUGCUGUCGCUUAACAUCCAGACUCCAUCUAAUGGUUUAGAAUCCCCCGCUGAGUGAAUUCUUUACUGACCAGAAAACUUCUGACGCUCUUUCUGAGGAAAAAAAAUUUCCAGCUCCUGAGAAUCGUUAGCUUAAAGUUAACUUCCUUUACAUGUUAUACGACCAACCCCUACCUACUCCCCGUAUAAAUAUCACAUGAAUUGAUUUAGAAGAAAUUCACCAGUUCGUGUUUCCUUUUGCUUAUUGUGUGAUAUCAGUGCCGCUACGUGCUUUUUGGGCACUUCUCUAGGCUUUCGUUUGCACAGCAUAACCAGUGGUGUUGGGAUGGUGGUGGAGGAAGAGGAACUCAGAAGCGAGGUAAUCCUGUACCUCUCUUCACCAGUUAGGGAUGAUUAUUCCUGCGUCCAGACACGUCUCCCACAGUUUGAAUUAUUCUCCUUUGCUUUCUGUUCAUGGUCAGAGCAAGGUAUUCCACACCCGGCCAUCUCCACCUCCUUCCUCGUGUGAAGUUCAAGUGAAAUCCAGUUUGACCCUGCUUCAUAUUUUUUACUCAGAUUUUAAUAUUUCACCGCUUCCAGGAUGGGGUCCAUGUUCACUGAGAUUUUCGCAUUGUUCAUAAUACUUGGGGAGAAAUUUGAGAAUGGAGGUCAGUUUCCUUUCUUUUACUAGUAAGGGAGAAAUUCUAAGAAAAGGCAAUCCCUUUGAACCGUGAAGGAUAGAAUGGCAGGGAAAAGGUCUACCAGUGACUAGGCAGGUAUUUUAGAGAUAAUCUCCUGUGCCCCGUAUGGUGCAGGUUUACUAAAACAUUGGUUUAACAAUGUAUUAUUUAACUUAACCACUGUUAAUAAUGCCUCACUAUAAAAAUAUAACUAGUAACUAUAAAAUGCCAAACUAUAAAAAUAUAAAGAGAUAAGGAAAUAUAUGACUCAGAGAAGCUCAGAUUCAGGUAGAGCUUUAUAAAGUCAUACCUAUUUUUAUUUCUCAAACUGUUUAAUAAUUGCUUAUUUUGUUGAAAGACAAAAAUCUGUGUGACACCUUUUUCCUGAUAACUUUGUAUGUGCUCUUCAUCCAUGUCCCACAGACGUGCUUGGAAUCUGUAUAGCAUCUCAUAACAGUCCUAAGAAAACUGGGACGUUGUCAUUGUCUCCAUUUUGUAGGCAAUCCAGAGACUGACUGGCUCACUGAAGUAUCCAUGACACCCGGAAAGCAAGCAUGGAGUACAACAUCAGUCUACUCAGGUGACAUAAUUUGGAAAAGGCUAUCCUUUAGGAUCAGAUUUUCUCAUCUGUUUCUAUGCUCCAAUCUGUUUCUGUUCUAUAAAUUGUUCUUUAGGUAAAAAAAUACCGAAAAAAUUAUUUGGGGCAAAUCGUGUGAGUUAUUGGAGCUACCAGCUAUAAAUUCCAGUGAUAAACAGUGAAGUGGCAUCCCGGUUUGGAUCAGCUCAAAUCAGUUUCGAGACUGAUCAGCAAUGACAUAGAUUAAUCAAGAUUAGUUCUGCCUGGCCUACCAGAUAACCCACAAUAUCUAGUUGUGAGAUUUCGUUUUAUCCCCCCUCCCUCUCUUAUAGGAAUUUUUACUUUCUAAAUACUGGAGUGUCAUGGGCCUAAUAUUUGAGCCUUCUGCACAGGGCCACAUGUUCCUCUCCAGUCCGCAGAUUUCAGUCACCCUCCUCCAUAUUCUUUUAGGCAGCUUCUUCCCUGCUGACAAUUCCAAGUCAUUCGGACAAUCCCUGAUACAACGCGCACACACACAUGUACACCAUACAUUACACACGCAUACACGCACACACGUGGGCAUACAUGCACAUUCUCCAGGCUCAGGAUAUUUAUGUGCUUAGGUAACUUAACCUGUCCAAAUCAUCUUCCCAUUUCCUCUCCUGGAUUUUAUCUGCUGAUUCCUUGAUCUGUAAAACAAAACAAUACCAGAACUGGCGACUGAUUAUCCACGUCAGUGGACUAAUUGACAGGGUCAAAGGCACGAGUGCUUUGAAAAGUAGUGUUAAAAAGCCCAAGUCUAUGGUGAAUUUAUUGUCCUCAAAUUUCUUGAGAGAGAUGGUAGAAGGAGAGAAGAUACACUAAAAAAAAAGUGGAAUUUCUCUUCUAACAGAAUUGAGGGAGGGGUAUGCAUGCAGUUACAUAAAUACAUAAAAUUAUAGAAUACAUACAUGCAUAUGCUUACAAACACAUCCACACCCCCUCCAGAGAGCUAUCACGAACAUUUUGUGAGAAGCUUACACGAAGGUUACAAAAGCUAGAGGAAACUGGUUGCUGACUUAAUUGUAGCCAAAAUCUUGAGCUUUCAGAACCUACAUGUCCUUUUAAUGGCCUGUCUUCUUUUCUUCUCACUCUCUAAAAGUAAGUAAUACAAUCUAGAAAAACACUGUAAGCUUUAGGGUUCUCAUUUAUAGGAUUUUCUGACAAAAUAGUUGAUGCUUGGAAUUUGUUUUUUGCCACUUCUGUUAUCUGAUCUUUUUUUCCGUUCCCUUUCCCUGCCUGCAUCAUGGAGGUACGCACUGCCUGAUAUUUUAAUGUUUACUCGUAAAGCCAUCUCUUAAAUACACAGUAGAUAAUUUGAUUUUAUUUUUGAGCUUUAUAAAAUGGUACUAUAUAUGAAUCAUCUGAGAUUUGUGUUUCUGAAACUCAACCAAAUGCUGUGGAUUGCAAUCAUUUUUUUUCUGCUCUAUGCUACCCCAUUG